AUGGGUAGCUGUUAUAAAAUCAUUUCUUCUCCGAGUUUACCUGUAAUAAUAUGUAUAUUCCUGUCAGCAUCUGGACAUGUAGGUAUAAUAAAGGCAAUAGGAUUCUUUAUAAGCGACAUUAAUAUUGAUCUGAAAACCACACCGACUGAUAUGGGAGUUGCACUUGGACUUCUGAACACCGUUUUCUUCAUACCAAGUCCAAUAAUUGCCGCCCUCUGUCGAUAUCAUUUUCUUCGUCGUCCGUUGGUUAUUUCUGGGGCGUGUCUUCAAACAUUAGGAGUGGCGCUCUUGUCAUUGGCAACUAGCAAAGCUCAAAUGAUCAUCUUUCUCUCAAUGACAGGUUUUGGAAUCGCUACCUUGAUUACAAGUUGUAUUUUGACAUUACAUCAUGUGGCUCAGGAAAACUACAAUCUAUGCUAUGGCCUUGGUUUGAGCGGGUAUGGCGCCGGUAUGGUCCUUUUGCCAAUCGUAGCUGAAUUCCUUCGUCACCCGUACGGUUGGAGAGGUGGAUUGCUCAUUAUAAGCGCCCUUGUAGCGCAUACCAUUCCAUGCGCUGUGGGAAUAAGAAUGAAAUUCGACAAAAUAAGUACACAGAGAAAUGGUUAUAAGCCAAUCGAAAGCUCGUCUACAGGACCUUCGGAAAUGGACAUAACGGAAGAAGACAAAGCAACGAAUUUCCAUGGGUCAGGCCUGUCAGAAGGAAACAACCAAUAUCGGCAUGUUGAUUGCUUUCGUAGCUUCACCAAUAUCCUUCGUGAAUCUGAUUUCUACAAAGAUCCUGUAUUUACCCUGAUAUUUGGUGUGGAUUUUGCGUUCUAUAUGGUCUACAGUGGUUGGCACUCUUUUCUCGUACCCCAUGUUCUGCAAAGAGGAAUCUCGGUCCAGAAAACCAUUAUCUUGACAUUCUCAGGAGCAGUAGGGAAUACUUUAAGCAGAUGUGGUGUAGGUGUCAUUACAAACCACCAAUUCAAGCCGAUUGAUGUCUACAUCCUCGCUACGAUCCUCAACAUCGGUGCUUUACUCGUCGAUGUGUUUGUAGUCAACUAUUACGUCAUGGUGGUGACGUCAUGCUUCUCUGCCAUGUCCAUCGGAGGGAGGGCGGUGGUCACAACCCUUAUUGAGAGGGAAAGAGCAUCUCCCGACAAAUUUGAUGUCGUCUUUUCACUUGGAAGAUGUAUUUCCGGAGGGGGGAUGUUUCUUGGAGGUUAUGUAAGUGGCUUAGUCGCUGAUACUUUUUCCUCGUUCAAUGCUACGUUCACGAUGUUACCAAUCAUUGACGCUUUUGUUCUCUUCCUGGUCCUGGUGAUGAAACGUAACCCCAAACCUAAUACCUUAUGAUAUUGGCAAUUUUCAAUAGAGAAAUAUGUCCACUCCGGAUGACGGAUAGCAAAGCUUUCCGGAACCUUUAGAUUCCUCAUCGCAUAUUUUCUCCUUGCAGGAACGUCAUCAUGAAUAGGAACACUUAUUGAGUUUAAUUUGCAUUAUUCAUAAAUACGUUUCAUGUGCAUAGACAAUUCAGAUGCAUUUUGAUUGACAUGUUCAGCUAUAAUCAGGGAUACUUGUUUAAAGAUACACAUAUACUUUCCAUGAGUUCGUAGACAAGGGUUGGCUGAUUAAAAUCACGUUGAUUUAA